AUGAACGUCCCCCUCGACAACUUUGCCUCGACCUCCAUCCGUCGCAUCCAGCAGGCCACUGUCUUGGCCAUCUGCCAUGUUGACGAGGCCAGCAUGGGACCUCAGACCUAUGUUUAUUCAACCUGUUUCAGUGGCAGCAGAACCUGUGAGCAGAGUCGCCGGGGCGGUAUCUCGGAGGAGCAGACGACUUCAUUUGUGAGAGAGAUGAAGCAGUUCCGUUUCUCGGCCAACGAUGAGACCGUCCAACCCCCGCUUAUCCGUCUUGAGGAAGGAGAGCAAGAGUUGAAGGAUGUGAAGAUUGAUGCAAGACUGACGAUUACUUCGAGCGACUCCAACAACAUGAACACCUGGUAUGGGUUCGUGUCCGAGGGUGCGUUGUUCUUGAGAGGCAACGGGUGGGACGAUAUGGAUAUCCGAGAGAGCGUCGUCGCUGCUCUUGACCUGGCUGAAGAACAGCUUGGAUGCCAAACCGUCCAUCUCUGCCUGGAAAAGUCCAACCCCAAUCUCGCCAAGCUUGUCCGUACUUUGAUGUACGCUGGUUUCGAGAUGGUCCACCCUGAUGUCCUUGCACAUGCAGACCCCAAGUACCUCGUCCUUGGCAUGGAUCUCUAA